ACUCACUCAAUAACCCAGUAUGAUUGAUCUUGUAUGACCUUGUUACAACAGUGGGAAUUAGAGCUACAACUGGAGUGUUUGUCAAAGUCCACCACCAGUCAUCAGCCGCCAGAGGCUAUUGAUUGUGAUGGAACUCAUGUUUGCUGAGUGGGAAGAUGGGGAAAGGUUUUCUUUUGAAGACUCGGAUCGUUUCGAAGAGGACUCCCUUUGUUCGUUUAUCUCGGAGGCUGAAAGUCUGUGUCAGAACUGGAGAGGAUGGAGGAAACAGUCAGCUGGACCCAACUCUCCUACUGUCAAAAUAAAAGAUGGGAUGGUGAACCCUCUGGUGGAACUCUCCGCGAAGCAGGUGGCUUUUCACAUUCCUUUCGAAGUAGUUGAGAAAGUUUAUCCUCCGGUACCAGAGCAGUUGCAGCUCCGCAUAGCAUUCUGGAGCUUCCCCGAGAAUGAGGAGGAUAUCAGACUAUAUUCCUGUUUGGCAAACGGCAGCGCCGAUGAGUUCCAAAGAGGGGAACAGCUGUUUCGCAUGCGAGCUGUCAAGGACCCUUUGCAGAUAGGCUUCCAUUUGAGUGCCACAGUGAUACCGCCACAGAUGCUGUCUCCAAAGGGCGCCUACAAUGUUGCUGUGAUGUUUGACCGUUGCAGGAUCACCUCAUGCAGCUGUACCUGCGGAGCUGGCGCAAAGUGGUGCUCCCACGUCGUGGCCCUGUGUCUGUUCCGGAUCCACAAUGCAUCAGCUGUUUGUCUGAGAGCGCCUGUGUCAGAGUCCUUGUCUCGGCUACAGAGAGAUCAGCUACAGAAGUUUGCACAGUAUCUUAUCAGCGAGCUGCCACAACAGAUUCUUCCAACUGCUCAACGUCUUCUAGAUGAACUCUUGUCUUCACAGUCAACAGCCAUUAACACAGUGUGUGGAGCUCCAGAUCCUACAGCAGGCCCUUCCGCCUCUGACCAGAGCACGUGGUACCUGGAUGAGUCCACCCUGAGUGAUAAUAUCAAAAAAACGCUCCACAAGUUUUGCGGCCCCUCUCCUGUUGUCUUCAGUGAUGUGAACUCUAUGUACCUCUCCUCAACCGAGCCACCUGCGGCUGCAGAAUGGGCAUGUCUUCUGCGGCCCUUGCGAGGAAGGGAACCAGAGGGCAUUUGGAAUUUGUUGUCCAUAGUCCGAGAGAUGUUCAAGAGACGAGACACUAAUGCUGCCCCUUUACUAGAGAUUUUAACUGACCAGUGUCUGAAUUAUGAACAGAUAACAGGCUGGUGGUACAACGUGCGCACAUCUGCAUCCCACAGUAGUGCAAGUGGACACACAGGCCGCAGUAAUGGACAGUCAGAGGUUGCUGCUCAUGCAUGCGCCAGUAUGUGUGAUGAAAUGGUUGUCCUAUGGAGGCUGGCUGUUCUAGAUCCCACCAUUAGCCCUCAAAGGCGCAGAGACCUAUGUGCUCAGCUUCGUCAGUGGCAGCUGAAAGUCAUUGAGAAUGUCAAGAGAGGCCAGCAUAAGAAGUCUCUAGAUAAACUUUUUCAGGGCUUCAAGCCAGCUGUGGAAGCAUGCUACUUUAAUUGGGAAGAGGCUUAUCCAAUAUCUGGAAUCACCUACUGCAGUACAGACAAGAAAAAUGCAUUUUGCUGGCUUAAGGCCUUCCAGCAGAGGAGCUGCCGGCUACAGUGCUCUGAGGCGGUAUGUGAAGGCGGACGGGCACAAGGACAUGAGUGUUGUUUGCAGUUUGGAGACAGAUCUCGCCAGACGGCUCAGGAGAUGUCAGUGCGUCCAAAGGAAUUGGUAGGCAAAAGGAAGGUGCCCACAGAUGCUCCCCAGCGGGUCCUACGGAGAUUGUCUACAGAGGGAGGGGACAAAGCUGUAUAUAAAACAGCUGUCAACAAAGCUAAGCUGCCAGCAAAUAAGUGUCUGGCAAGUAAGUAUGGUGGCAAGCGCAGAAUGAGUAGUGAAGACAGCUCCCUGGAACCAGACAUGGCUGAGAUAAGCCUUGAUGAUAGCAGUCUGGCACUUGGUGCUGAAGCUAGCAACACCUUCAGCUUCAUUGAAUCACCUCUAAGUAGGAGAUAUAGGGAUAACUUUGAAGAUGAAGGUGGUGUCUACUAUUCUGAAGGAGUUGAUCCAGCUGUUGGCGUAAGUGCAGAUGCAUCGAAAACUGAAGGUGAUCCAAUUGGCGAAGCUGCAACGACUGCCAGUGGAGAAGAGGACAUGGGCUGUGCUGAUGACAGCGGUGGCAAGAGCCUAAAACCAGAAGAGGUGGCAGAGAAUGGUGCUGCUGGAGGUGGUGAGCUCGAAAACAAAGGAACAGAGGAAGGUCAAGGGCAAGGGCAAGAGAAGGGUGAAGAAGAUGAUUAUCAGGCCUAUUACCUUAAUUCGCAAGAGACUGCAAAGAAUGAAGAGGAAAAGGCAAAUGAAGCAGUAGAAGAAGAGCAAGAUCUAUUUGCCGGCAUUAAACCUCUUGAACAAGAGAAUAGAAUGGAGAUCCUGUUUGCUUGCACUGAGGCAUUAUAUGCACAUGGUUAUAGCAAUGAAGCUUGUCGUCUCACUGUCGAACUAGCCCAGGAUUUACUGGCUAAUCCUCCAGACCUAAAAGUGGAACAACCACCAACCAAGGGUAAAAAGAACAAAGUUUCUACCAGCAAGCAGACCUGGAUAGCUACAAAUACAUUGUCCAAAGCAGCUUUCCUCCUAUCCGUGCUGAGUGAGCGGCAGGAGUACCACAACCUGGCUUUCUGCAUUGGGAUGUUUGCCUUGGAGCUUCAGAGACCCCCAGCCUCCACCAAAGCACUGGAGGUAAAGCUGGCAUAUCAAGAGUCUGAAAUUGUGUCACUUCUUAAAAAGAUUCCACUGGAUAGCAAUGAAAUGAACAUUAUUCGUGGGCGAGCGAAGGAUUUGCGUGAUGGAACGCUCUGUGACUACCGGCCUGUCCUGCCUCUCAUGCUGGCUAGUUUUAUCUUUGAUGUCCUUUGCGCUCCAGCAGUUUCCCCCACAGGCUCCCGGCCUCCAAGUCGGAACCGCAACAGUGAGAUGCCUGGGGAUGAAGAACUUGGGUUUGAAGCCGCUGUGGCCGCAUUGGGAAUGAAGACCACAGUCAGUGAAGCUGAACAUCCGUUACUUUGUGAAGGCACUAGACGAGAGAAGGGGGAUUUGGCUCUUGACCUAAUGAUAACUUACAAAGACGACCAGUCCAAGUUAAAAAAGAUUUUGGAUAAGUUGUUGGACAGAGAAAGUCAGACGCACAAACCGCAGACCCUGAGUUCCUUCUACUCUUCCAGUAAACCAACUACUGCAAACCAAAAAUCUCCUUCUAAGCAUGCCUCGCAGUCAUCUGCCGCAAUCCUAAUAUCAGGUAGCCCAGCAGCUCACCAGCAACCAGGAGUGGCCACUGCGGUCCAUGGAAACCUAGGUGAAAACUUUCCAGAGAAGAACACACAGGAUAGCUCUCAGAGAUCAACUAACGAGCCUGCGGGGGAAGCCCAGGUCUAUAAGCAGGAAGGGAAGGUUCCAAGCCGUCUCGCUCUGGGAAACAGAGGAGGUUACAAUGGCAGAUGCUGGGGGUCACCUGUACGUCAGAAAAAGAAACACACAGGCAUGGCCAGCAUUGACAGCAGUGCACCAGAAACAACAUCCGAUAGUUCCCCGACUUUGAGCCGGCGUCCUUUACGUGGAGGUUGGGGAGCAACGCCUUGGGGAAGAGGCCAAGAUAGUGAUAGUAUCAGCAGCUCCUCCAGUGACUCUCUGGGAUCAUCCUCCUCCAGUGGCAGCAGAAGGGCCAGUGGCGGAGCUCGAGCCAAGACAGUCGAAGUUGGAAGAUACAAAGGACGUCGCUUGGAGAGCCAUGCGCCCCACGUCCCUAAUCAGCCCUCUGAAGCUGCUGCCCACUUUUACUUCGAGCUGGCCAAGACUGUCCUGAUUAAAGCUGGAGGAAACAGCAGCACCUCCAUCUUCACGCAUCCAUCAUCUAGCGGUGGACACCAAGGACCCCACCGCAACCUGCACCUCUGUGCCUUUGAAAUAGGACUGUAUGCCUUGGGUCUCCAUAAUUUUGUUUCUCCUAAUUGGCUGUCUAGAACAUACUCUUCACAUGUAUCCUGGAUAACUGGCCAAGCCAUGGAAAUUGGCAGCGCAGCCUUAAAUAUCCUGGUGGAGUGCUGGGAUGGGCAUCUCACCCCACCGGAGGUGGCAUCUCUCGCAGACAGGGCUUCCAGAGCUAGGGAUUCAAACAUGGUUCGUGCCGCAGCUGAACUCGCUCUUAGCUGCCUUCCCCAUGCGCAUGCAUUGAACCCUAAUGAAAUCCAGAGAGCUCUGGUACAGUGCAAGGAGCAGGAUAACCUUAUGUUAGAGAAAGCAUGUAUGGCUGUAGAAGAUGCUGCUAAGGGUGGAGGUGUUUAUCCAGAGGUCUUGUUCGAGGUGGCCCAUCAGUGGUACUGGUUGUAUGAACAGAUGGUUGGUGGAACUCCUGCACAGCGUGAGGGAGCCACCGGCUGCAGCGCAGGAGGAGCUCGCUCUGUGGUCGAAGCUGUCCGAGGAAUAGCAGAUAGUCGGAUAAUUCCAGAAACUUCCACUGUUACUGUGGCCGCGGCAGUGACCGCAGCAACGGUGGUGCCGGUGAUAUCUGUUGGAUCAACAAUUUACCAGCAACAUACAGCAAUGGCUCAUGCGCACACACAAGGACUUCAUCCUUACACCACGUUGCAAACGCACAUACCGUCUGUGUGCAGCCCGCAGUACAUAGGAAUCCCCCGCCAGCAAAUCCCCCAGUCUGCCGUCUUUCCAGUCCCAGGAACCCUGUAUACGCAGAGUGUUCACCCAGCAUUCAUAGGUGGCCAGUAUCCGUACACUGUAACAACUCCAUCUUUGGCAGCUACUGCGGUGUCCUUUCCUGGGGCGCCUGUCCCUUCGAUGACACAGAUUGCGGUCCAUCCGUACCACACAGAAGCGGGACUGUCUCUGACAUCGAAUGUAGCAAUAGGGACCGUCCAUACGGGAACAGCAUUUCCAGCCAUCCAGGCAUCGAAUCUGACGAGUGUGAGCACUCAGCCUGCAUCGCUCGUCACUGGGAGCUUUCCAUCAGAAGACGAACAGCACAGUCAGCCCGUUAGCCCGCAGGGCCUGCACUACCUCCACUCAGCCUACCGAGUCGGGAUGUUGGCUUUAGAGAUGCUGGGUCGGAGAGCCCACAAUGACCACCCAAACAACUUCUCUAGAAGCCCCCCUUAUACAGAAGACGUGAAGUGGCUGCUGGGUUUAGCUGCCAAAUUAGGUGUCAACUAUGUGCAUCAGUUCUGCGUGGGGGCAGCCAAAGGUGUGCUCAGCCCGUUUGUACUACAGGAGAUCAUCAUGGAGGCGCUCCAGAGAUUAAACCCGGCACACAUACACAACCACCUGCGCACCCCUGCAUUUCACCAACUAGUGCAACGCUGCCAACAGUCCUAUAUGCAGUACAUCCACCAUCGGCUGAUACACCUGACGCCAGCGGAUUACGAUGACUUUGUAAACGCCAUCCGAAGUGCAAGGAGCGCGUUUUGUCUAACUCCUUUAGGAGCAAUGCAGUUCAACGAUAUCCUCCAAAAUUUGAAACGGGGAAAACAAACCAAGGAGUUAUGGCAAAGAGUUUCUCUGGAAAUGGCUACGUUCUCUCCUUGA